GCUCCAUGAUACCGUAUUCAAAGCUAAGAAAAAGAAAAUCUUGAACAAAUGCCAUUAACAACAACACACACCCUUCUUCUUCAUUGACCUGAAAAGAAAAAAAAAAUUACUAUGGCUAUCUUAGGUCUCUUCUUCUUUCUUUUCUUUAUCAAAAUAUCACACACCCUUCAACUCUGUGAGGAUUCCUUCAGUCCUGUAGGCCCAGAGGUUCGAUUCCCUUUCGGGCUUGACGGCGAUGGAUGCAACUAUCCAGGUUUCAAUCUUUCUUGUAAUGAAAGAGGCCAAACAAUUCUCAAUCUUCCUCGCUCCGGUAACUUCAUCGUCAAAUACAUCGAUUACCAAAUUCAAGAGGUUCACAUUAAAGACCCUGGAAAGUGCUUCGCACAGCGCCUCCUCCAAAAUUUUAGUCUCUGGGGAUCACCCUUCAUUGCUGAGUUCCAUAGAACCUUCUCGUUUCUUAAUUGCUCAUCGAAUUUCUCUGAUUUUGUGUCCUUGCCUCCUUCCUCAAGGACGAUUUACUGUCUUAGCGACGACAACUUCACUAUUGUGGCCAUACCCUUCCAUGGAUACGUACCGUCGAUACCAUCGUGCACGGUGAAGGCGAAAAUGGUUGACGUUCCUGUUUCCUGGUCUCGCUAUUACGAAGAGGAUUCCUCGUUGAUAUGGAGUUCACCGGAUUGUAGAGAAUGCGAACAGAACGGUGGGAACUGUGGGUUCAAAGAUGCUUCGACGCUUGAAAUUGGAUGCUUUAAUCUACCAAGCAAUACCAAUGGUACGUUUUCAAUCACUUGA